AAUCCCAGCCCAUACCACCGGCACGCUUUACUCCGCCUCAAUUCUCAAGCCUUGAUCUGUCGUUGAGCCAAGACUCCCGCUACCUAGGAAAGAUCACAACAGUCUCACAUCCUGAAUUUCUGUUCUUCUCUUGAUUCUAUGGCAAAUGUUUGUACACUUGUGUUCUAACUAACCUUCAAUUCCAGUACACCAUGUCUACCCAAGGUUAUAUGCAGACCGAUCCCGCCGCUACCGCUACUUCUGUCGGUACCACUUCCGCCCCAGCUUCGUCCGCGCAGAUGGACGACUCUUCUCAGGUUGGACUGGCUCAGCUCGCAGCCGCCACUGCCACCCUCUUGGGACCGCUGCCCGCCUUCCACCCCCAGGCUGUCGCGAUGAAGCACAUCCAGGAUGUGUGCGAUGCCCUCAUGGCCAAAGACCUUGACCUUGUCGUCAAGACUUGCUGGAACUACGAGAAGAUGAAGACUCUCCACGACUCUCAGAAAGAGAUCAAGACUCUCAGAGCCAAUAUCGAGAAGGUCAAGAAGCAGCGCGCGAAGGCCAAGGACGAGCUCGACAAGGCCAAGGCCAAGAACAUUGCUGCUUCAGCCACCGCUGUAGCCGCUGCCUUGUCCAACCAAUUGGUCGGCUUCGUGGCUGAUACCGUGAUUGAGACCGAUGAGGCCGAGCAGCGUGGCAGCAUCGAUGGCCAGAAGCUUCUGUUCGGUCACAUUGUCAACGACCUCAACGAGCUCGAGGUCGUUCGAGGCUCGGACAUGGUGUGUACUGCUGGUGAUCUUGAGCUGUACAAGAAGAAGCACAACAUCCCCGACUACUGA